AUGUUGUUGUUUGUGUCGCAGGAGCCGCAGGCCAGGCCGGGGCCGCCGCCCGGGGCCGCCGCCGCGGGGCUGGGGCCGGCGCCGGCGCCAGGCAUGUCGGUGUGCGGGGAGGCGGUGGGCGCCGGCUCCCUGCCCAGCGAGCUGGUGGUCCACAUAUUCUCCUUCCUGGCGGCCCCCGACCGGCUGCGGGCCUCGGCCGCCUGCUCGCACUGGCGGGAGUGCCUCUUCUACCCGGCGCUCUGGCCGCGCCUCCGCCUCAGUCUCCGCGUCUCGCCCGCCGAGCGCCCGCGCCUCGAGUUCCUCAUGCGCAAGUGCGGCUGGUUCGUCCGUGAGCUCCGCGUACAGUUCGCCGCCGACAACUACCCCACGGGCGGCGGCGGAGGGGGGGCGGCGGCGGGCGAGGGCGCCGCGGCGGCGGGGGACGGGGAGGCGCCGCCGCCGCUGAGCCCGCGCUGGCUCGACCUGCUGAGGACUUACCUGGAGCUGGUGCUGUGCGUCCUGAGCAGCGUCCGCAACAACAGGAACCUCCAGAAGUUAAGUCUUUUUGGGGAUAUAAGCAUUCUGCAGCAACAUGGAAGUAUAUCAAAUACAUACCUUGGAAAGGUUGACCCUGAUGGCAAGAAGAUUAAGCAAAUUCAACAGCUGUUUGAAGAGAUAUUAGGCAAUAGCAGGCAAUUGAAAUGGCUGUCUUGUGGGUUAAUGCUGCAAAUAGUAACUCCCACAUCACUGUCCUCCUUAUCAAACCCCAUAGCCAACACCAUGGAACAUCUGAGCUUAUUGGACAACCACAUCCCUGGUAAUACCACUCUUAUCACCGCGGUCGAAUUGGAGCGCUUUGUGAAUCUGCGUUCGCUCGCUUUGGAUUUCUGUGAUUUUACAGCUGAAAUGGCAAGAGUCCUGGCUGACAGCAACCAUGUGCCUUUGCAUCGACUGUCUCUCCUGGUCCACAGUGUUUCCAUAAUGCACAAGUCAUUGGACAAUAUGCCAAAAGAUGAGAAUUGGCAGGCGCUGACUCGCAACAGCACUAAUCUUCGGGUCUAUAUAAUGGCUUUUGAUGUCAAGAGUGAUGAUAUGUUAAGGAUUCUUAAACCCAGUAUCCCCCUAGAGAGGAUUCACUUUGAUAGCUAUGUCACUUGUGUUUCAGGGGCUGUUGUUGACCUCAUAUCCAGGCAGUAUGACAAGUUCCUCACUCAUUUUAUACUAAUGAAUGAUGUGGUAGAUAUGUCUGCCUUCCCAGAUCUUAGUGACAACCGGAAUGAAGAUCCACUUGUCUUAUUAGCCUGGAGGUGCACAAGACUGUCUCUCCUAGCUGUUCAUGGUUACACUGUUUGGGCUCAUAAUCUUAUAGCAAUCGCUCGUCUUCGUGGCUCUGACCUGAAAGUACUGGAAGUCACAGAAGAAAGCAUCGAUUUCGACCAAGGAGAACUGGCUGAUCAGGAUGUGGAUCCAGUACACAAUUUCAUUGAGCAAGUAUCUCUCGGAUUGGGUCGGCCUUGGCACGCCGUCAUGGACAUCGAGCUGCUCAGUGUCUUCACUGAGCCAACCCGUCACUUUUACAGAGAGAUGCAGAGCUUCAGUGAAGGCAUUUAGCUCCUUAUUUACAAUUCCUGUGGUUACAUAUGCAAGUAGGGUCCUAUUAUGUUUUUUUGGUAGUGUGAAUUAACCCCUUUUGUGCUGUGUUUAAUCAGUAUUAGCUAUAUAGAAUUAUAUAUGUGUAUUCUACUUCUUGAUCAAAGAACGUAGUCGGGUAUUGGUUUAGAAGCUGAAAGUGGCAGUGUUUAGGGUUUUCACGGUUAAUGGACUUGUCUACCAAACCUUAAGAGAUACAGCCAAAGGCUGUCUGAGGUUGCCGGCUAACUUUACUUUACUUGAGUAACUGCAUUUUGAAUUAUUUUGCUAUUGGAGUCCUGUGCUCGGGAGCCAACUGUUUUUAAUACCCAUAUUCAUAGUCCAGUGGAUUUCUAUGCUGUCAUUGUGUGCUUAAUCCAGUAGCAUGCUACUUAAUAGGCUUAAAGGACGAGAAGUCUCUCCAGGGCUGUUCACUCUAAGACUCUUACCUUGCUUUAUUUCACGUGCGGAUUCUGAAGCAUGACUUAACUCCAUUCUCGGCUUUCCUUAGCUGUUAAGCGGCGGUGUGAAACACUAGCGUUCAGGUACCUGCACUUACAUAAGUGUAGUCUUUUGGAUUCUUUGCAAACUCCUCCUUGUUUCUUCUCAUGUUCUGUCAUCUUCCUUAAAAGUUAGCUUUGGGCCAAAGUUUAAAAGGAAAAAGCAAGAAUGUGCACUCUGAUGAGGUAAACACAUAACAGUGAAGACUUCAAUACAAAGGUCUACACCUGCAAACAAACAUUAGUCGUGAAAUCCCUAACAACCAAGUCACUGGAUUUUCUCUGUCAGCGCCUGUGUCAGCUGCCAAAGAAUAGAUUAAAAACGAAGAAGUGCCCACAUGCUGGCAGGGGCAGGCCAACUUUUUGGCCAGCCAGAUACUGCUAGAUUGUAAUAUAUAAGGUCGAAUUUCGACCUGUGGUACACAGCUGUGCUGUGGCUCAGUCAGCAACCUCAGAACUCUUAACAAACAUGCACCUGUUUCACUGUGAAUAGUGAAUGUAAAGGAAGGAAAGGAAAUAAAUACAAAGCUUGUUCUAUCACAGGUAUGAGCUGCUAUGAUGCAUGAAGAACAUUCCAUGAAGUAUGUUUUAAAAUCUUGUUAUAUCUGAGAGGCUUUAGAAGCCGAUUUAACUGUUUCAGGGCAACCGCGGUACAGACGUGGUCUCUGUGAGACUUCCACCUGACCCCAGUUUUAAGUGGUACGAAUGUUGUGCAUUUAAUGUUUAAAGGACAGUCUGCAAUAAUAAAGUAAGUGGCCAACGUGGGUGCCCAGCAGUGCUGAGACCUGGCUGCUAUAUUGUAAGCUUUGGAAAACACAAUUUAUGCAACAGAUGUCCAGAUAUGAUUCUAUUUAUGGAAAAAGUUUAUAUGUGUUUUACAAAUGGUUUUACCAUCUUAUAUUAAAAUGACCUUUUGACAGGUGUGCGCUGUUUUGUCUCCAGUGAGCACAUACCAUGCGGAUUUUAUAUGUACAUCAGUAGAGUGAAUCCACUGGCACAGUGUGUGUAUAUGCCAGAUGUGGUGAGAUUUUAUCUUAUAAAUGUGAUCAGAUAAAAAAAAAACUCCUGACAGAAAAUGUAAGGAAACCAGCUGAAUGUUUGAAUUGAUGACUGAUGUUGUAUGGUUUAUGUUAAAUGUUAUAUUCUUUUAAUCAAUGAAUAAAGCAUUAAAAAUUGAUCGCUGUAUAAAAUAUUUUAUUGUUGUCAGCAUGAAGAUUUUUAGAAUUAAAACGCAACAUCAUUCAUAAGCUGUGUGUAACUGAUAGCUCCCAUUGUGUUUAGGUCAGCAGAAAAAUUUAAAAUAAGUCAUGCAGUAAUUUUUUUUUUAAUUUGGCUGAAUUUUGUCAACAAUUUUGGGGUGGUGGCGGAAGGGGAAGGAUGCUUUGCUAAAGAUCGGACCAGUUAGCACAAACAGUAUAUCAUUAUAUGACCUAUUAGACUGAUACAGUAAACUGUGGAUUGUAGAAUAUAGAAGACUAUUUUUGGGAAAUUACUGCAUCCAUUGCAAUUGCUUAAAUCAAAAUCUAAUGUGCUCAAGACAAAUGUGUAGUACUUCUUUGGUGUCCCACUAUUAAAUAGAUUAUGAAUA